AUGAAGCUCUUUUUUUCCUUCCUUUCUGCGUUAGCACUUGUUGAAGGUGCUGAUCAGAUUCCAAGGACCUUUUCAACGUGCCCAUUGGUGGGUGGACGUGGUGGAAAGGAGUUUAACAAUGCCAAUAAGUUAGAACAUGGGCAAAAACUAACGACACUCACAAUAUGUUUUGGUCAUCGCGUGGAUGGCCUCGGCGUCAGUUUCGUGCCACCGAGUGGCAUGGGCCAAGAUCUGUUUUACGGCAGUAAGAACAAUUGUCAUUCUCAUCAGUUGGCUUCUGAUGAAUACAUUACACACUGGGAAGCGCAAACUGUAAAAGCCGACGAUAAAACAAAAGUGAGCUACAUCAGAUUCAUGAGCAACAAGGGAACUUAUUACGAAGGAGGUCGUGAGACAUCGAAUGAGAGCAACAAAGCGGAUUGCAAUGCUCCCGAAGGAUAUCAACUUGGCUCUCUCUAUGGGCGCGCAGGACAGGAGAUCGAUGCGGUUGGUCCAAUUUGGGUAAAGUUGAAUCCUGAGCCAUAA